CUCCCUCUUUCUCAAAUGUCAGUAGGAAAGAAGCGGAGUCUCUGCGACUGAGAUUGAACUUUCUCACUAUAUAAACAAACAACCAUACAAAAAUUAACAAAAAUCCAAAAGUUUUCAGAAACCUCUGCAUCUGAUCCCCUCUCUCUCUCUCUCUCUCUCUCUCGCAUUUUUCUGGUUUUUCGGUGCAAUGUAGGUGCUCCCCACUCGAGAAGAAGCAGAGAAGAAUCGAAGAAUAAUGGCUAAGUUCCACCGAAACGAUGUCGGAUCCGUCGUCCUAGACCGCCCAACCACCACCUCCUCCGGCCAUUCCCGGCCCUGGACCUCCUUCUCCGGCGCCUCAUUCCGCCGGAAAAUAUUCGACGCCAUCAGCUGCGGCGGCAGCUCCCGAUACCGCCACCGCGACGGCGAUAACAAAGCUGCUCCGAUCAGUCUUCCGACUCUUCCGGCCACCGGAGCCACCACCAUUAGAUCGGUGACGAUAGAAACGGCGACGACGCAUUCGCAGCAGAAAGUUAAGGAGGCCGAGAAGGCUGAGAAGCCGAAAGUGAAGUCCGAGAAGCUCUCGGAUCUUCUGAACCUCGCGGAGUUUUCGGAAGCGGAAAACGACGCCGCGACGAAGAAGAAGGUGGAGGAGCUGGAGGAGCUCAAGCGAGUGGCGAAGGACCUGCAGGCGGAAGACGACACGGUGAAGAGGAAGGAGGCGGCGAGCAAGGUGAGAUUGCACGCCAAGGAUGAAUCGGAGGCCAGAGCCACGCUCGCGAUGCUCGGCGUCAUUCCUCCGCUUGUCGCCUUGCUCGACUCCGACGACGUCGUUUCUCAGAUCGCGUCGCUCUACGCUCUGCUCAAUCUCGGGAUCGGAAACGACGUGAACAAAGCUGCUGUUCUCCAAGCAGGGGCUGUGCAUAAAAUGCUGAAGCUAAUUGAAUCCCCAAAUCCUCCAGACCCAUCAGUCUCAGAAGCAAUAAUUGCGAAUUUCCUCGGCUUAAGCGCGUUGGACUCGAAUAAACCGAUCAUUGGAGCUUCGGGCGCCAUACCCUUCUUGGUUAAAACCCUCAAGAAUUCUGACAAUGCAAGUAGCUGCCAAGCCAAGCAAGACGCCUUGAGAGCGCUCUAUAAUCUCUCGAUCUUCCCGUCCAAUAUUUCGUUCAUAUUGGAAACGGAUUUGAUCCCCUUUUUCUUGAAAUCGCUCGGAGACAUGGAAGUGAGCGAAAGAAUCCUUGCAAUUCUAAGCAACCUGGUUUGUCCCGAAGGUCGAAAGGCAAUUAGCAGUGUAAAGGAUGCAUUUCCAAUAUUGGUAGAUGCCUUGAAUUGGAACGACUCGCCGGGAUGCCAAGAGAAGGCAUCGUACAUUUUGAUGGUAAUGGCACACAAGGCGUUCGGGGAUAGGCAAGCCAUGAUCGAGGCUGGAAUGGUUUCAGCACUGCUCGAAUUGACGCUUUUGGGUAGUACAUUGGCGCAGAAGAGAGCCUCGAGGAUCUUGGAGUGUUUGAGAGUAGAUAAAGGAAAGCAGGUUUCGCAGAGCUUCGGCGGGAGUAGUAUGGGGGCGGCAGUUUCUGCUCCCAUUUGCGGGCCUUCCUCGUCUUCUUCAAACCCGAAUGUGGGUUCCAAGGAGCGUAUGGAGGAGGAGGAGGAGGACAUGAUGAGUGAGGAGAAGAAAGCCGUGAAGCAAUUAGUCCAACAGAGUUUGCAAAACAACAUGAGAAGGAUUGUGAAGAGGGCGAAUCUGCCCCAAGAUUUUGUGCCGUCGGAUCAUUUCAAGUCGCUCACCUCGAUGUCAACUUCGAAGAGCUUGCCGUUUUGAGGAAAUUAGGGAUGCCGAUGAAGAUUUGGAGAUCGAAAGUGGCUGAAGUUAGUGGUCUUCUUUUCGUACUUCAAUUCCAGCUUCGCUUUUGUACCUUUUGUUAGUGUAUGAACUUGUUCAAAUCUAUAUAGUGAUCGUAAUUAUAAUCUUA